AUGAACUCGAUUUUUGAGACCCCAAGGUUGCUCCUUAUCCGCCUCACAGAUACGUCAGAAGGCUCUCAGCACGUCCAAUGGUUCCAUGAGAAUUGGUCCAACGAUGAAGCAACAGCAUGGAGUCUCCAUGGCAAGUGCCACACCCUCGCCGAAAGCCGCGAGUGGAUGCUCGAGCACAAGACAAAAUACAACAACAUCUUUUACUCCUGCUUCGCCAAAACACCCACUAGCAAAGGCACCGAAGCAGAUCCAGGGGACCAUGUCGGCAGUAUCAGUCUGCGUCAGCAACACUCGGGUCCAGCUAUGCUACCACCCCCAAUUCCGGGGCAGGAGAGUUCGUCCACAUAUAAACCGAUCAACCUCCGCGUAAUAGGCUACGCGUUUUUCAAGCAGCACUGGGGAAAAGGCUACGCGACAGAGGCAGGGAAAGGGCUCCUAGCUGAAUACGCUAGAUCAGUAGCGGAAGAGAAAGAAAAGGGCGAGGAGCUCUUUUAUGUAGAAGGAGGCGCUGACCAGGACAACCCGGGGAGUAAACACGUGCUAGAGAAGAUUGGGUUCAAGGAGGUGGGUUGGAAGGAAGAGAAGGAGCCUGUGUUUUUGAAUGGGAAAUGGCGAGAUCCGGGAUAUUGGAUCUACGGACAGUACGUGUGA